AUGUUAUCUCUGUAUCCAUCGCUUGUAUUGAUUGGUUUGGUUGCCAUCAAUGGUGUGAUUCUUCAGUCGAGCCCUUCUCCAUCUGCACCGUCGGCUAUAAGUGUCACAACACAGUCUGGUGUCACCACUUCGUCGGGACAAUCGGCUGCAGGUUCUCCAUCAUCACCUUCUGAUGUCAGUACCACUCCAUCGGGUGUCAGCGCCUCUGCGGGACAAUCGACUUUUAAUAAUACGGUGACCGCGUCGGGGGUCAGUACAACUAGUGGUCAAUCAGGUGCCGCUUCUCAAUCAUCGAGUGUGAGCACAACCACUGGUGCAUCGGCUGGCAGUCCCACAUCCCAGCCAACGGGAGUGAGUUCUACGGGACAGUCAAGUGUCAGUCCGACGGUAGCGGUGACCGCAUGGCCUUCUUUCGAUAUAUGUAAUCGCAUACCGGAGAUGACAUUUUCCACUUUUUCCGUCGCUUUCAUAAUUGACGACUAUUUCUACUUCGGAACCAAUCAAUCGCUAUACACGGCUAUAAUGACAGGACAGGACUGGCACUAUUCGGUUCAUCAAAACUAUCAAUACUUGUUUCCCGAAUUCAAAGCGGAUACGAUUGAAGGGGCCGUGUAUUUCGGUUCGUCCCAAAAGUGUAACAAAUUAGUGACCAAUUGUGCGAUUAUGUCCAACGCCUCCGACAUAGUGCUACUGUUUGGCACAACGAGUGGUCAGUUUGGUUACCGGGCGUUCGUCCUCAAGAGCAGUGCCGGCGGUCUUCAGACAUUAAACCCGGUCAACGAUCAAAAUGAGAUGCCGUGGGAUUUGCCACCAAUAGGAACAAUGAAUGAUGAAUUUUGGCCACGAAAUCUCAAUAAUAACUAUUAUAGCUUAGCUUACGAUACCAUUAAACAACUGCUAUACAUUAGUGCAACCGAUUUAUCCGGUUCCAAAGAUGUUCAUAAACUGUAUGUACGACACGUCGACGGCCAGUUGGCCGGCACUUACAACUCAUUGUCAAUACCCGUCAAUUUGCCGUAUCAAUCCAUUGUCUCCCUAAACGGCAAACUAUUUGGUAAAAGAGAUGUUGAAUGGGAUCUUCUCGACACCAGUGACCCAAACAACCGAUCAGUCGUUUCAAGUCAAAUGUACAAAUGGAAAGAGUUUCUCAAUUGCCAGAAAACAUCGCCUCUUUUUGAAACAACGACUUCCGUCUCGAUUACGACCACUACUUUAGCGACAAAUACAAGCGUCAGUAGUGGCACACAAACGCCCGCAUCGGCUGCUAAUGACACCACUCUCUCAUCAGUUACUAUUGGCGGUCAAAGUACAAGUGGUGACACCGGAACCGUUGGAUCCGCUAAUACGAGUAGUAGCACAACGUCUUCACCGACACAAAAGUCCAGUAAUACUACUUUUUGGAUCAUUUUGAUUGUCGUGAUUGUAAUCGUGGCUUUAAAUCGAAAACACCCCCGAAAUCGGCGGACAAGAAGUCCGAAAAGAGUGGACCGAAAUCAACGGUCGAGCCCUCGGGGCUAAAGGGAAGGGCGAUAAGAAAAGCGGCGAAACCGUGCGAUCGGGC